GGCAAGUAUUGUUUCAUGACGAAUGUUUCGUUUCUCUCAGUUACCUUUGGACAUCCAUCCAAGAGGAAGCGAGAAGAAGAACAAGAAGUUAAUGGUAAAAAUGCAAACAAGAAAUCGAAGACAUUAACUGAGGCGGAAAAGGCUCGUGAGGCGAAGCGGGCUUUGGCCAAAGAGAAGUUCAGGCUUCUUGACGCCAAGAGGAAGAGCAAGCGUCCGCGAUCGUUCCGUAAACGACUGGUCAAGAAAAUUAAGAAUGAGAAGAAACAAAGAGAGGCUCAAGCCGCUGCCAAGAAGAAAGAAGAACAAAAAUCGCAAGUUCCAAAACAAGCAGGGAAGAGAAAAGUUAUGAACAAUGAAAAAUAGAUUUUUCCAGCAGUA